AUGGUGAAGGAGGAGUGCAAAGCGCUGCUGGACGCGCUCAACAAGGUGACCGCCUGCUACCGGCACAUGGUGCUGACCAUCGGCGGCACCUCGGACUCCCAGAACCUGCGGGAGGAGCUCAAGAAAACCCGGCAGAAAGCCCAGGAGCUAGCGGUGGCCAACAGGAACAAGCUCACCACGGUCCUGAAGGACAAAACCGUGAGUAAGGAAGAUAAAGCCGAGUUCGAGAGGCUAUGGGUGAUUUUCUCCACGUGCCUAGAGAUCCUGGAGAUCGACAUGAGGAGAGCCCUGGAGCUGGGCCACGAGUUCCCGCUAAACGUCCCCAAAAAGCACCUGAUCCAGACAGGCAUGAGCGGGGGAACCUCUGGUGUGGCCGCCAGGGCGAUGAGCGUCCAGAACAUGAAAUACGAGGCUGAGCACAAUAUAGACGUGGUGGAUUUGAAAGACCUCGAGAACGAAAUCAACCAGGUAGGAGAGAUGAUGUACGAGAUGGAAAUGAAGGUCAAUGUCCCCCAGUGGACAGUAGAGGCUAAGCAAGACCCAGGGGCUGAACUAAAAUCCACCAUCAGCAUGGGCGCUUCUUCUAUUGGCAUGAUCUCUGUGGAGGAAAAUAAAUCCUUCUGCGAUAUCAGCAAGGUUCUAGCUGGGAUUAUUUUCUCCGCUGUGCUCAUUAUCGCUAUAGUCCUGGCAGUGUGUGUGGUAAAACUCUCUUAGGGUGGUGCAGCCUCUGAACCCCCUCCAUCUGUCUAUGGAGUGUGUCACUUCUCACCUUUAAUUUCAAAACGGGUAACUUGGAUGAGCUGAGAAUUUAAACCUAGCACUUGAAAAAACAAAGCAAAACUUUUGCCUCUCAGUAUCCUAAAAUGCACGAUUUGUUUCUUCUUGCUCUUUGAAGAAGAAAGAUGCAAAUCAGCCUGCAGAAUAGGAUGUCUUCAUCUGCUGGACUUGUAACGGUUAACUAUGAAGUAUCAGGGUAUUAUCUCUACUGGCUUUAACAGGGAUUUGUCUGCUAUUAAUAGUUCACUGUUCUCAGAAGCCUGUAUUUUUUUGUUCUUGAAUAGGCUUUGGUGUUUGCUGCUGGUCACUGUUUACAGUAUUUGUGAGUAACACAAAUUUGAAGGCUAACACAGGUAUUUUGUCUGACAAAUGCUUUUUCUUUCAUCAAAUUUAUUUCAGUGGAGGAAAAGAGGAAGGAUGAAAACUCCAAUAAAAGAAUGUAAACAACCUCUGUUUUAGAUGAGUUAAUGGCUGGGGAGAGAUAUGUGGAGAAGGAUGAAAAAACAGAACAAGCAAUGUUUGAUACCAAAUCUGUUUGUUGAUUUAAACUGAUUGUACAGAACCCGGUUGCAUGGGUUGACACAGCAAAUGCAAAUGACUAAUCGCUUUUUAAAUCCAGCGAGAAAAAACAGGGAGUUGCGUAUUCAGGAAAACACCAGCAAGCCUUGUGGUUCUCAUCCACAUUAUUUUAUUACCAAGCUGGUUCUUGCCCUUGGUUGAAUUUUUUUUUUUCCUUUUUUCUGUAGAAGCAAACAGCUUGCACUUCACAGUUCACUUUGAAAAUAGGAGCAAUGAAUCUACCCGCAGCAGAAGCAGUCAUUUUUGAAAAUAAAUUUUGGCAAACAAAAAUGUCAAGUUAAAGCAGCCCUUACUAAUAAUCCAAAAAGAGAUCCCCUCUCAUGUUGAUGGGCAGGGAUUGAUACCUGUGGUAUAUGUACAGCCACAUUUCUGCAAGCUCUUGAAUUCUUUGCAGCAAUCCAGAUAAAGCUAAAAAUGUGUCUGUUUUAUAUCUCAUUCAUGUCUGAUUAAUAAUGUGGGAAACAGGAACUGGUCCAGUUUGAUACACUGCAUUUUUGGGAGGUAAAUGCAAGAGCAGCACCGCUUCCCUAUAAAAUUGUUAAUGUUUAAAUGGAAAAGCGGGGGGACAGACUUUGCAGAGAAGUUGUAUAACAUUUUAUGGGAGGACCUAUGUAUUAUGGUAUUUAUUGUGUAACUUAUGGAAAUGUCUUCUGUCACUGUGAACACACAUCCGUUCAAGAAUGCUUGGUAUGUUCUUUAUAGUGUCAUAUGUGUAAGAGGCACUCCACGGGCAAAUAUAAAGACCUUGUAAUAUUGGGGUUUUAAUAAGGUAUUAUUCUUCUGCAUUUAUUAUUAUGGACACAUUAUCAAAGAAUAACAGUUGGACAUGUUUUGUGAAGUUCCUAGACAAGUCUUCAGGCUUGUUAACACUCAAACACCUAAUAUUUUUGAAUUAAGAACUAAACACACUUUGAAAAAGUGCAGCAAAGUUUAUUCUUUGAAACUUAUGAGAACUGGAUUUGAAGAGAAAAGGUGUGUGACAAAUUUGAAUAUGGUCACUUGUACGUGAGAAAAAAAUAAUGUAGGUGAGGAAAAAUUGUAAGUGGACACCUGAAUCAAAAGUUAGAGUCUAUCAUUAUGUUGAAGGAUAAUGUGGUUCUGCGCAUUGAUGCAGUCCAGCUCCAUUCUCAUGGGAAUUCACCUUUUUAUGAGAUGACUCCACAUUCCUUUCUAUUGUAUUUCACUCAUUCCAUAGGAUGUGUUUCAUGCAUAGUUAACCUAGCUUCAUAGAGAUUCGCAGCAGCAUUCUGACAAAAUCAAGCCUGUAUUUAUCGGUGCUACUGUUUCAGUCUGACUAGACGAGGUGUAAUUGCUUUGUUUUGACUUACAUGAGAUCUCCUUCACAAUCGUAUUAACUAAACAUAUUUAUGGAAAAUACAGCAAAAGCUGCAGGAGAAUGUACAUAUUAGGAUUGCAAACACUAGUCACUAUGGAUCUGCGGGUAUUUUCACUCUUUGCACUCUCCUUUUCCUUAGUCCGCAGGAAGGUGGAUAAGAAGUUGAAGUUGGACUCUGUUCUGUGCUUGUUGAAAACUCCGUGUUCCUUUUGGAAUAAGAUAUCGUUUAAGCACAUGUUCUGAAAAUGCAAGUAAUGCAAGUCUGGUUUCUGGUGGAUAAGUAAAAGGUGCCACCUACAGCAUUCAUUAUCUUGGAUAUUGGUAUCCUGAAGCAGGUAUACAGUUUAUCCACGGUUAGCAUGUAGAAGAACUUUUAAUAGUUAAAUGUCAUCUUGAAAAGCAAGCCUCAUUGAGCUGGUGAAUUGUAAAUUUACAGUCCAUUGCAUUUUUUGGAAUUUGGAUUUUUGGAUAUAGGACUCAAAGAAUUCAUGUAAGUAACCUAUAAUUAUGUAAGUCUUGCUCCAUUACAAAUACACACAAUUAGUAUUUAAAGGAUUGGACUUUGGAAAAAUAAAGUACUUUCAAGUCCUAAGACAAAGCUGGCUGGAGAUUUAUUCGUCAUUUGUUUGUUCCUAAAAAUCUGUACCAUCUUAUAUUUAGGAUACCUGAAAUUAAAAUAUUAAGUAGAAUUGUAAUAGAGGAUUGGCACCAUUUAAAUGGAUAAUGCUGCUGCCAUUAAUCACUUCCACUUGAUGCAACAGUACACUCAAUGUGACAGACUUCAGGUGCACAAGCGCACAAAAUGAAAACAAGAUGAAGCCACCACUGCCAAAAAGUGCUGAUGUUUCUUUUAAAUCAAGAAAUAAAGAGAUGAUGUAGAUUUACAGUCUUCAUUUUUUUCCCCCACUGGAAUGCAACCAGAAGGAGACUGGAAAUACUAUUUUUGUAAGUGAAAAAUGGAAAGGCAAACUUCAAAAAACUCUAAAUAGCACAAAGAAAACGCAAAUACUCUCAUGCUGAUCAGUGAAUGAGAAUGUUAUUGCAUUUUCACUACAAAAGAGGAUGGUCAUUGCUUCAUUUCAGUGUUCUACUUCAGUUCUUUUGUCUUUAUUCACAGGAUAUACAUGUUACAUUUGCUGUAUACUCAUGUCUUAUUCCUGACUUGAAUUAUACUGGUUUUGCCUGUGUACGGGUGGUAUUUUUCUAUACUUUGAAUAAUUCAAACUUGUUACUGUCACUAUUUAUUUAACUUAAAAUAGAAUACAUUCUUAUAACUUACUGGUUGGCUUACAGCAAUAGUUAAAACCAAACAAAAACUAGAAUAUUAAUACAGUUUGUCAGCAAGCUCUUCUAAACAAAAAGUUCCUGUUUCAACUACAGGAAAAAAAGUAACAUGCUAAGCCUUCUCAUUACAGUUUUCUUUACAUAAAUGCACCCUUCUCAAGCUCCCAAAGUUGAAUACAGUGAUAUAUCCUUAAUUUAUACUGCAAGGGAAUCAGCAGUCAGAAAAGUCAAGAAAUCUCUGCCUUAGGAAGCAGCUACAAUAACGUUUAGGACCACAGGGCUGGCGUUGCCUUCAGCACUGCUUGCUCAGUCCUGUGGAGUACAGUACAGAACCCUUGGCUUGGGCAGCUGACAACUAGAGAACAUAUUCGACUAGAGGAAUGUGUAGACCCUCAUUGUUAGGAUCCAAACUCUGCCCCCUUACAGCCAGCAAAGCAACAUUAGCCAACCUAAGGAGGGUGAAAUUUGGUCCAUUAGGAUUGAUAGCAACAACAAGAAGAUAGUUGUAUCAAACUGUUAGAAAUGAGUCUGUAAAAUGAAGUAUUUUGGAAUUUUAUUCCAGGACUUCCAGUCUAUCACCGUAAAAACCCUCUACACUGUUUUCUUAGUUCACUACUAAAAUGGACGAAGAACCAUCUUCUUAUGUUGCAAACAACGUAACAUCAAACUUCAGCAUUAUGAACGUGAAAUAAAAUUAGUUUCAAAAUUCUUCAUGAAAAUAUUUUUACAUGAAUGCACUUAUUUAAAAACAGACAAAACAACUGAUGUCAUUAGUUUUCGGAUUAAAAAUUAAACACGCUUAUUUGUAGUCUGAA